UGGGUGUGGGGUGGAAAAUCGGGAAAUUGGCAAAAGUCGGAAAAUUGCGCUUACGGCCCGUUUGUUUGUUCCGCGUCUUCGUGAGGUUAACGAAUUGUAGUGUGGCAGUGAAAUCGUCUCUGUAUUAAAGUCAAAGUGGGUGCGCGCGUAGGCGGUUGUAGGAAAAAUUGGAUUUUCAAGUGGUGGUGCUCGCGGGCGACGAAAAGCGGGCUCGGGAUAAUCGAUUCAAGUGCGUGUGACCAGAAAUAACUAGAAAUCGCCGUCGUCGAUGUUGGCUAUCGCAUCGAGUGCAACCCGUUCUAUGUUGAAUUAAAAGCCACUCCGAACAUCACGGGAUUGGAUGUUUUCGUCGGUGCUAUCGGGGCCCUGUUUGUAGAAAUAGACGCUACCACCGCAGUCGACGCUGGUUGCUGUUCCGGCGUUUCCCGGUCCGGUGCCCGAACCGACGGUCAGGCGGAGAAAACUCAGUGCUAUUUGCGAGUGCGAGAAAUUCUGUGAUAAACAAUAGAGCUCCGGCCGAAGAUUCUGAUCUCAGUGUUUGUGCUUGGACAGUGUGAAACCCCGCAGUCCGUGCGGUUCGCGUUGACUGAAUUCCGUCCAGCAUCUUUUUCAGGCAAAGCAAUCACCGAGGAGGACGAUUACAUCACGAUGAAGAUUGUAGCAGGCUAAAGCGAGCUGCAGCUACCGUGCGUUCCAGCGAAGUGAUCAUGGCAGUACAGGAGUGUUCCGGAUCGGAACCAAUGAUCGAUCGGGUUCGGUCUAGUAUGUUGGUGGUAGUACAGCGGUCCCAAUCGCCGCGACCAAGCUCUUUAAUGAUUUCAACAUCAUCCAGCAGCAGCAUCCCAGUUGGCUCCGUGGAGCGGUCCAUAGAGGAACCGCACGAUGGAUUGGGGUUGCUUGGCGUUGUGCAAAGUAAAUGUGAUUCAAAUGAUUACCUGAUUAGAGUAGAAUGUAGUAGCUUAAUACAGUCACAGUUGCCGAAGCAGCAGCUGCGCACACAACAUCAGCAGUACACGCCAUUCGAGGAACUGUUGCGCUGUGGCGAGCGGGAACGAGCGGUUCGGCAGUGGUGUUGCCGUCUGGACCGUCCACUGCCCCGGAUGAGGCUUGUCGGUGGCGGAGAAGAUUCCAUCAACAAUGGCACAAGCGCUUGGGGUACGCCACCGGCUGCCACCAACAACGGAUCUGUCAGUGCCUGGGGAGUACUACCAAACCAGCAGCAGCAGCAGCAGCAGCAGCAGCAACAACAGCAGCAGCAACAAUCAAUGCCACCUUCUGCUUGGGGUAACGCUAACAGCAACAACAACAACAACAACAACAAUCCCACCCAACCACCACCCCAACAACAGCAGCAGCAGCAACACCACCGUACAUCUUCCACGAUAGAUACUGUCAAUUCAAAUGGAGGAACCGUAGGUGGCGCUAAAGGCAACGCAUCCUCAUCGAACGCUACACCGAAUGCUUGGAACAAUACAGCGACUACUACACAGAAUCAUCGCGGUGGUCAUCAGCAAGCCAACGCGCACCAUCCUAGCAACAACAUGGUCAAUAAUAAUGGUGCUGGUGGUGGCGUCGUAGGACAGCAACAUCAACAACAGAAUGCUGGAAACAUUGGUGCUAACGGUGGUGGUACGGCCAAGAAUCCACAGCUAGAGCAGCUCAAUACGAUGCGUGAGGCACUGUUCGCACAGGAUGGCUGGGGUUGCGAACAUGUUAACCAGGACACGAACUGGGAGGUACCGGGCUCUCCGGAACCGACAGCACCUGCCACUGGUGGUGCUCCGGCAGUAGGAGGAGCUUUAGCAGGUGCCAGUGCUAAUCCCAUGGCCGGCUCUGCCCCGAACGCACCCAAGGCAUCCGAUGGUCGCUCGGCACCGAACGGCGGCGGUGGCGCUGGAGGAGCUGGUUGGAAGGUAUCGAAUAUGAACACCGGCACGGAAUUGUGGGAAUCGAACUUACGCAAUGGUGCUGGUGCUGGACCGCACAAUCACCACCAUCAUGGUCUUCAUCAUCAGCAACCGAAGGUUGCAAGCGCACCGUGGGUACCGACCAACAAUCUGGGCGGGACCUGGAUGGAAGACGAUGACAACGGUGGACCGAUAGGCACGGUUGCCGUUCCGGAUCCGAGCACAACCACUGGUUGGAACGGAGGUGGUGCCGUAGGUUCCACGGUUCCCGGAUCCGGCCUAGCGAACACCGCCGUAACCAGUGCAUCUGCUUGGGCUGGUAGCAACGCUGCUGGUGGUUGGCAAGCGGGAGGUGCUCCUGUCGGCGGUCAACAGCCACAACAAACCCCAGCAACGAUCAGUGGAGGACUGAAGAAAGAUCUGAACGAGUGGAAUACCGUCGGUGCAGCAGCAACAGCAGGAUUGAUGUUGGGAGUUGCAGGCGGAGGGCCAAAUACUGGUGGUGUUGCUCCAGGGCCAUCCAAUGUAUCGGGCUGGAAUGAUGGCCGAACCAGCGUUGGCGGUUUCAAUCUGGCGACGUCGAUUGGUCCGUCGGUAAACGUUAUUGCACCUUCCACCGGAACUGGUCUCGGCAGUCUGGCGAACGGAGAGCUGCGGGGUGAUCCCCGCGGAAUCUCUGGCCGCCUCAAUGGUGUAAUGGAUAGCGCAGCGUCAUCGAUCGUCGGUGGAAUGUGGGGUGGUACGGAGCAUGUCCCCGGUGGUAACAUGUUAGCGAACAAGCUUGGCGGUGGGUCAGCUUUAGUCGCCAACAACCCGGGUCAACAAUGGGGGAACGCUGGAACAGGCGCGAACGGUGCUGGCAGUAAACUGGCUUCUUCCGGUUGGGAUGAUGUCGUCAAUAGUGGUAGACCAGUGUCACUGGAUGAGCACGGAGGGACGGCAACGUUGGGAUGGGGUCAGGGAGCCGGUGGCAAUUCGAUUCCUUUGGCACGCCAAAACUCUACUGGCGGUUGGAAGGAUCCAAUGGGACGUCAUGGGCAGCAAGCUGGCAUCGCUGGUGGCGCUGGGGCUCCAUUCGCUCGUCCAAUUGGAGGUGGUCCACUCGCAAUCGGCAAAGCACCAGAUGCCAUGUGGGGAGGAGCAGCAGCAGCAGCAGCAGGAGGCGUUGGCCAGAAUACACCGGGUAUUGCUCGGAACGGUUCAUGGGAAGAGCCCUCUAACUCUAACUGGGGUGUCGGCGGUGAAACAGGCGACAAGACCGGAGGGGGAACAUCGUGGAACGUUGAGCUGGGGGCGCCAGGAUGGAACAAACCAAUGGCAACGGUCGGUAAAGUUGGCGGCAGUGUCGGUUGGCCGGAUCCGGGAUCCUCCGAUCUGGGGACGGCUGGCACCAUGGAUUGGUGUCUAGGCGGUAAUGUUAAGCAUGGAACCGGUGGUUCCAAUCCACUCGUUGCCGGUAAACAGCAACCGUCGCUCCACAAUCCGCUCGAGUUCGUACGCUCCAGCAAGGAGUACCGGAUGCUGUGUGAAAUGGGCCACAAGAAGGAAGAGGUAGAAUUCGCUCUUCGUGCCACCAACAUGAACAUUGACGAGGCGAUGGACCUGUUGCGCCAUGGAGUCGCUGGCGGUGGUGGAUGGCGUGGCGCCGGCGCCGGUGUUGCUGGGCGAUCAUUGAUCGACGACCAUCAUGGUGCGGGUUUCGAUAGCGGUCCGUUUGCUGGCGGUCCACCGCGUAUCCCACCGCUCAAUCAUGCCGGUGGUGGAUUGUCAUUCUCGCAGAACAAUCAAGCAAUGCUGAACAAUAUUGCCAUCGGACCUGGGGCCAGCCUUGGCAGUUUAGAUGGAGCCGCCGGGGGGCCAGCCAAUUUGGCCGCACUCAAUAGUUUUAAGUAUUUGUCGCAAGGUUCCGCUGCUGGCGGCCUAACUGGGCAUCAUCCGUCUUUCAAUCAAGUUGGCGUCGUUGGAAUAGGCGGCCGGGGACAGCAACAGCAGCAUCACCAUCAUCAUCAACAUCAGCAGCAGCAACAGCAGUUAGCGGCUGCCGCUGCAGCACAGCCAUCCAAUCAGCAGCUUCGCAUGCUGGUCCAGCAGAUACAGCUCGCCGUCCAGAGCGGGUUCCUGAACCAUCAGAUCCUCAACCAACCGCUUGCUCCCCAGACACUCAUCCUUCUUAACCAGUUGCUCAAUCACAUUAAGCAAAUGCAAAUGACUCAGAGUAACCUGGCACGCAGCGGAACCACCGGUGGUGUCAGUGCUGUACAGCUGACGCUCGCCAUCAACAAACAUAAAUCACAGAUAGCGCAGCUACAGCAGCAGAUUGCCGCGCAGCAGAGCAUUUACCUGAAGCAGCAGCAGCAACAGCAGCAGCAGCAGCAGCAGCAAGGUCAACAAGGGCAGCCAGGUCCAAUCCCACCGCCCUCACUCCUACCAACAGUGGCUGGUGGUGGUGGACCACCUGGCGGGAUGGACUUUCUACGCCAGCAGCAUGAUCUCAUGGCGCUGCAAAGUAACUUUGGCGAACUCGCGCUGGGCAAGGAUGCGCUCCUCACUACGGCGAGUACGGCAUCCGUCUUCACGGCCGGCGCCGUACCGGUAUCGCUGGCACUGGCGGGACACGCCGGUGCUGGUGUAUCGGGCGCAGGCAAUGCGGGCAGCAACGGAAACAACAGCAGCAGUAGCAGCAGUACUAGUCAGCAGUCCCGCUUAAACCAGUGGAAGCUUCCGUCCCUGGAGAAGGAUACGUCCGCGGGAAAGGAUGAUCUCACCGAUUUCUCGCGUGCCCCCGGACCAGCGUCGCUUGCCAAAUCCACCAUCACUACACCGUCUAACACCGGGAACGGCAAUCUGGACAUUCUCGGGCUCGUGCAGGAUGGCUGGCCUGCCGGACUGGAGCAACCUCGUCGUACAAAUCUCGUUGCAGAUGGAUGGCCAGAGCAAGCUGACGAAUCGGAUGGCAAGGACUGGACUACUGGCAACGGCGGUACCCCACCACCGGACAAUUCCACUUUCAGCGAUCUUGUACCUGAAUUUGAACCGGGUAAACCAUGGAAGGGAACGCAGAUGAAAAUCGAAGAUGAUCCUAGUAUUACACCG